AUGCAAUGUUGGCUGAUUUCCGUCGUGGUCGUGGCGGUCUCCACGAUGAUCGUGCUUUUCGUAUGCAGCUUCGACAGCCUGGAGUAUCAGCAGAUCGGGCUUAACUACAGUUUCCUCAGUGAGAGCGUCGAGAAGGAGCCUUACAAGCCUGGCAGAUACUAUCUUGGCGUCACCAACCGGUUCAUCAAGUUUCCACGGACGGUGCAGUCCAUCAGCUUCAUCGAUGACUGGGCCGAGGGCCUCCAAGGGCCGGCGCUGCAGAGCCGGACGAAGGACGGUCUCACCGUGCACUUGGAAGUCUCCUUCCAGUACAAGUUGAUCUUCAACCAGUUGUACAACUUGUGGGCAACUCUGGGCCAUGACCAUUAUGAGACAACUUUCACGCGGAUGGCCAUGGAGCAGUUGUCUACAGCCACCACGCAUCAUAAUGCGCACUUCUUCUUCAGGAACCGCACCUACGUCAGCACAGAGAUGCAUCGAAAGCUUGACGACCAUUUCCGGAAGCAUGCCUUCGCAGAGGUGCCUUUCUUCCAACUGCGCACAGUGCACCUGCCUGACGAUUUCGAGGAUGCCAUCAAAGAGACCCAGGUGCAAGAGCAGCACAUUCAUAUAGCACGCUUGGAGCAGCAGAAAAAGAAGGUGACAUUCGCAACGGAGGUGCUCAAGGCAGAGCAG